CUCUGGUGCUACUGAAGGGCCAUCAACAUCGUCUUCGUCACAUGUUUAUGAGGAGGAGCAAGUGGAAGACAACAUUGCGGCGUCCACACCACUUCCCAGCAGUGGUUCAACAGAAGUGCCAUCAACUCCAUCACGACUUGAGGAGGAGCAAGUGGAAGCAUCCACACCACUUCCCAGCAGUGGUUCAACAGAAGUGCCAUCAACUCCAUCUCCACUUCAUGAGGAGGACAAAGAGGAAGAUGACAUUGACAUGGCAGAGACCACCCCACCAUCCAGAACUGGGGUACCUGUAGGUAUUGCAAGCACCACAUUAAGUGAUGACCCAGGAUGUUGGCCCAGUGUCCUAACAAGCAGUAUGCGCUGUGAAAUAGUCAAAAAAGGACCUGUGCAAAUCAUGGACAUUGAAUUCCCGCAAAACUUAGACAAUCCUCCUCGAAGAUUCACCAAGGACAGUUACAAAAGAACCAUGAAAAAUGGUGAGAAUAUACAUCGAUCGUGGCUGGUGUAUUCCAUCCACACAGAUGGAGUGUUCUGUUUCCCUUGUACUGUUUUCGGGAAGCGUGAGCGUGACAAUGCCUUAACGACCUGUGGCUACGGUGGAUGGAAGAACCUUUCCUAUCGCCUAAAAAAACACGAGUGCACAAAGGUGCACUGUGACAAUGUGAAAAAGUGGCACGACCUUCAGAGGAGACUGCAAACCAGUACACUGAUUGAUCAAAGACAGAUGGAGUUGAUGCAACUUGAAGUUGAACACUGGAAAGGCGUGAUUCGGAGAGUGAUUGCCAUAGUUUCCCAUCUGGCAGAACGCAACCAGGCUUUGAGAGGAACUACCAGUACCGUGUAUGAUCGCCACAAUGGGAAUUUUCUGGCUCAAGUGGAACUCCUAGCACAGUUUGAUCCGGUAAUGAAUGAACACAUCAGACGAAUACAAUGCAAAGAGACAAAGGUGCAUUACCUGAGUGGAGUCAUUCAGAACGAAAUCAUUCAGCUGGUCGGAGACAAAAUCCUACAGGAGAUUGCAAGAAGAGUGCACAAAGCAAAAUACUUCUCCGUGAUCAUGGAUUGCACUCCUGACAUCAGCCACAAGGAACAACUUUCUGUUGUUCUCAGGAUUGUCAACUGUGAAACACCUGUUUCUAUUGCUGAGCAUUUUUUGGGAUUUGUACAUGUUGAAGACACAACUGGUAAAGGGCUCAGUGAAAUCCUGCUUGACCAGUUGGAGAAGCACAACCUCAGCAUUUCAGAUUGCCGUGGGCAGUCAUACGACAAUGGCAGCAAUAUGAUGGGCCACAAACAGGGUGUGCAGGCAAGAAUUUUAGAGGCUGAACAACAAGGCGCUAUGCAUCCCAUGCAGCAGUCAACUAAUCUUGUAGUGUCUCAUGGAUGCUCCAUGCUUUAA